AUGCCUUCUGGAGUUGAGAUUUCAUUGCCAGCAGCAAGGAAAUCCUUAAUUCGACAUUCGUUGGCUGAGAUUUUUGUAAUUAGUGGAGAUGGUAUAGCACAGAGUGGAAUUGGUAAUGCUUUGUCCCAGAUUAUGGCUUUGAGGCCUAACUUGCAGAUGUAUGUGACUGAAGCUUUGUUGUCUUGGUGCCAAAGGCUCCAUGUUGGCAAGGUUCCUGACUUGGAUUAUAGCAAGGAAAGAUGUUUCUGCAUAAUCACUACUUAUGCCUUGUGGUUUUGUUGUUCCUUGUACCUCCUAUUUGCUUCCUUCAAGGAAGUGGCUUUGUUUUUUGCCUUGGUGGGUAACUUUCCUUUAGGCACGGUUCUCCUUAGUGAUCCUUAUGCUACAUUGCCACUGUGUUUUAUAUGUUUCUUAAUUAAGCCUUUGUUGUCCUGA